GCGUGGCCUAUUGACUCGUGUGUGCUGUUUCUUACUUUUCAAUUUAGAGCGUAUAUUGUUCGUUUCCAGGAGGAGGGAAACAGGCUAUAAGGAAAGAAGCGACUAACACAAGGCAGUAAGAACAAGGGUUCUUCACUGUGGAGCUUACAGGAUGUCCUUGGCAACACUGAAAAUGAACUCCUUUUCACCAGACACUCUUCUAUGAGAAGGCUCAUUUCAGGCAGUCUAGGUAUUUUUCCCUCCGCCGCUGCAGCAGCAUGGCAGGAUUCAAACGCGGCUAUGACGGGAAGAUUGCGGGGUUGUAUGAUCUGGAUAAAACCUUGGGGCGAGGGCAUUUUGCUGUGGUUAAACUGGCGAGACACGUCUUCACAGGAGAAAAGGUGGCGGUAAAAGUGAUCGACAAGACCAAACUGGAUACACUCGCCACUGGACAUCUGUUCCAGGAAGUAAGGUGCAUGAAACUGGUGCAGCACCCCAACAUCGUCCGCCUUUACGAAGUCAUCGACACCCAGACCAAACUCUAUCUGAUUCUCGAACUUGGUGAUGGAGGAGACAUGUUCGACUACAUCAUGAAACAUGAGGAGGGUCUCAACGAAGACCUGGCCAAGAAGUACUUUGCACAGAUCGUGCAUGCUAUUUCGUACUGCCAUAAACUCCACGUGGUCCACAGAGACCUAAAACCGGAGAACGUGGUCUUUUUUGAGAAACAAGGUCUUGUAAAGUUGACAGACUUCGGUUUCAGCAACAAAUUUCAGCCCGGGAAGAAGCUCACCACAAGUUGUGGCUCUCUCGCCUACUCCGCUCCAGAAAUCCUGCUCGGGGAUGAGUACGAUGCCCCCGCGGUGGAUAUCUGGAGUCUGGGAGUGAUCCUCUUCAUGCUGGUGUGUGGCCAGCCGCCCUUCCAAGAAGCCAACGACAGUGAAACGCUGACCAUGAUCAUGGACUGCAAAUACACGGUGCCCUCCCACGUGUCCAAAGAAUGUAAAGACCUGAUCACCCGGAUGCUGCAGAGAGAUCCCAAGCGGAGGGCCUCCCUGGAGGAGAUCGAAAACCACCCCUGGCUCCAGGGCGUCGACCCUUCGCCGGCCACCAAGUACAACAUCCCGCUGGUGUCCUACAAGAAUCUGUCGGAGGAGGAGCACAACAGCAUCAUUCAACGCAUGGUGCUGGGAGACAUCGCCGACCGGGAUGCCAUUGUGGAAGCCCUGGAGACCAACAGGUAUAACCACAUCACCGCCACUUACUUCCUGCUUGCCGAAAGGAUCCUGAGGGAGAAGCAAGAGAAAGAGAUACAGACCAGAUCUGCCAGCCCGAGCAACAUCAAGGCCCAGUUUAGGCAGUCGUGGCCCACCAAAAUCGACGUGCCCCAGGACCUGGAGGACGACCUGACGGCCACGCCGCUGUCCCACGCGACGGUGCCGCCCGCGCCCCCCGCGGCGGGCGGGCGCAAGUGCCUGUUCCGCGUGGAGGAGGACGAGGAGGAGGACGAGGAGGACAAGAAACCCAUGUCCCUGUCCACGCAGGUGGUCCUGCGCCGCAAGCCGUCGGUCACCAACCGCCUGACGUCGCGCAAGAGCGCGCCGGUGCUCAACCAGAUCUUCGAGGAGGGCGAGUCGGACGACGAGUUCGACAUGGACGAGAACCUGCCGCCCAAGCUGAGCCGCCUCAAGAUGAACAUCGCGUCGCCGGGCACGGUGCACAAGCGCUACCACCGGCGGAAAAGCCAGGGCCGCGGCUCCAGCUGCAGCAGCUCGGAGACCAGCGACGACGACUCGGAGAGCCGGCGGCGGCUCGACAAGGACGGCGGCGGCUUCGGCUACUCGUGGCACCGGCGGGACAGAUUACAGCCCUUGCUCGGGACACCGACUGGGAGCACAUCAAGGCCAUUACUGCAGGCAACCGGAGGAGUUCCUUACACCGCCCUGCCCAGCAUGGACCUGGAGAGCCUGAAGACCCCAGCCCCCGUGACUCCCCAGUACCCUCAUGCCAGCAGAAAAUAG